AUUCGUAUUCCUUCGACUACAAGCCGCUCAGAUCGUACCCCUUAGAUCAUUUGCUAUAAAAGCCAACUAAAGAAACAGCCGCCAUGGGUAUCAAAAACAUGUUCAAGAAGAGAGCGCCCGAAAUGGACAACUUCGAGCCGGUAGUGGGCAGUGGCCGGACCCAGAAGUUUGCCGCCUACGGGGAGCUUGCGCAACAGAAGGAGAAGAAGACGUAUGCACCGGCAAACCCGUACGCUCAGGAGCCGGUCAACGAUGAGAAUGGUCUGCCGCAGACAAGCAACCCGUAUGCCAAUCCCUCUGCUCAAAAUGCCCCCAGUGGGUAUAGCCAGCCGGCGGCGUUCAACCCCAGAGCCCAGCCACCAAAGCCACAGGCCAAUACCCAACACGUCAACAUUCAGCCACAGGCCUAUAACCCUCCGCGGAAUCCGAGCUUCCAGCAUAACCAGAGACUGACGAAUCCGUACUCCAACGCCAGCCGGGCAAACCCGUACGCGGCUUCGGCCCCAGGCGGAUACGAGCCCUCCAUUGAUUUGAAUGCGGACCCAGAGGAUGAUUUGAACGACGUCCCAGAUAACUACUACAACCCGGAGGAAGAGCAGCAGAGACAGGCGGAAAUGGAAGAGGAAGAAGAGGUUGAGCAGAUCAAACAGGAGAUGCGGUUCACCAAGCAGCAGACCUUGUCGUCGACUCGUAAUAUGGUGCACAUGGGACAGCAGGCGCUCAACUCCGCGGACAACACGCUCGGGAUGAUGGGGAGCCAGAGCGAGCGAAUUUUCGAGAGUGAGGACAGUUUGCGCAAGAUGGACCAGAAGAACUACGAGCUGGGAAAACAUAUCAACCAGAUCAACAAGUACAGGGGCAUGUUGACGCCCUUGGCCACGAAUCCGUUUAACGGGAAGGUCCGUCGCAGAAGAGAGGACGAGGAGUGGUUGAACAGACGCAUGGACCAGAAGGCCACCCAGGAACACAACCGUGCGCAGAUUGCCAAAUCGCAGAACCGCAUUGGGCUCGGGUUGGAUGGCAAGCUGAAGACGGGCGACGUUGCGAGCGCCGCGCCGGAGCGUAGACGCAACUACCAGCGCUACCAGUUCGAGAACGACUCGGAGGACGAGGCGAUGGAAGGAGAAAUCGACGACGGCUUGGAGCAGGUGAGCGAGAUCGUGAGCAAGUUAAACAUCAAGGCCAAGAUCAUGGGCAAGGAGAUGGACAAGCAGAACGAGCGCUUGCGUAGGAUGGAGGAGGAAGCCGACCGGGUGGAAUUGGAUGUGAGUAAGAACACUCGCAGAUUGGGAAAGUUUGUAUAAAAAUCGGACUAGGGUGUUGCAUAACUAAUUGGUAUAAACCAGGUGUAGGGUGGAUUGGCGAGCUUUGUGUAUAAACCAGGUGUAAGGUGAUAGAGCUAGGAAGACGCCUAGGUGUUUCCGUG